AUGGCGCCCUCAGACUCAGAUUUAUCGUCGCUAUCUUCAGCACCUCCAACAGAUGACGAAGCCAUGGCGCUCGAUGAGCCCGAGCCUGUCGGUAUUGCGAAGUACUUCAAGAAGGAGUCCGAGACUCCGCCGCCAAAGCGAGAGCCAUCUCCGCCGCAUGAAUACGUUUUGGCCGAUAACCCCAACAUCGCAUUCAUCGUGAUGUUCCGCGCGCGUUUCGCCGAAUCCUUCCCUCGCAGCGUUCCACACCUUGGACCACAGGAUGUCGAAAUAGGGGUCCAAGAGUCUCCUCCUGGUGAAUAUGUCGAGCGGUUGCUAUGCGCAUUAUUAGGUCUGGUCUUGAACCGCAAGAAAGAAGUUGAACCGCUGGAAGAAGCUAUUUCUACCCACCAAACACAGUGGCCUAAGGCAUGGGAAGGCAAGAACCCUCUCCACGGGGGUCGCACUUUCGCGACAAUGUCACCUGAAGAACGCGCCAAGAUAAAGGAAUCGUACAAGCAAUCGCGCCAUGACGAUGACCUGAACCAGCCGCUUUCGGUUCAGCCGUGGGGCCGCGACAGUCUGAAACGGCGAUACUGGCUUAUCGAAGGCCAAGACGACACACAUUUCAGGCUGUAUCGGGAGAGCAACCCCGCUCUCAAGAACGUAACGUGGCGGAGUGUUGCUGGGAGCAUACCGGAAAUGCAGAAUAUCGCGGAUAAGCUUCAGGAAGAGAAAGGUACCAAUUCGAAGAAACUCUGUGAAAGAAUCCGGCAUGCUAUUCCCCGGUUCGAGGCCUCUGAAGAAAAACGGAAGCGCCGUGAUUAUCGCCUCGCACGGAAGGCUGCAUUUGCUCGACCCGAACCGGGCUUUUCAAUGUACGAGGGCCGUACUCGUGGGAAAAAGCUGAAGUAUACCUACUCGGAUGACGAAGACAUUUUUUCUGACCGGGAUGAUCAGCCAUCCCGACGCUCAACGCGCAACGCAGGGAAUGCGCCAGCGGAAGCCCCGAGAACUCAGUUUACGGCGAGUGGGCGUCAAGUUCGGUCUCGCGCGGGUGGACUCUACGGAGAGGCAUUGCUCAGUGGCCAAAGAGAGGAUUCAGAAGAGGCCUAUGGUGAUGACGAAAGACCCCAGAGAGCUAGGACUUCUGUCAAUGCUAACGGAUAUUCUGGAUAUGGGGAUGAUGACUUGGAAGACGAAUCUGAAGCCCGCUCCAGUGGCAAUGACAGUGGCAAUGAUUGGAACAGCGGUGACGAAGAGGAUAACGAUUUUGAAGGAGAUGACGAGGGCGACAAUGCCAGCGGGGAUGAAUCCAUCAUCCAUGGUGAGCCCCAAAGCCUCGUGAUCCAGCUUCGCUACGGCAAGGGAAAUGAGUCCAAUGCUCCAAAGCCACCUAGUGAUGAGCCCCCGCCUGCUCAAGAUGCCCCUAUGAAGGAAGUCAGUCAGACAGAGGUUCCAACAAAUACGUCUGCUCCGACCCUGCCAAUCCCCUCCCAGUCAGCGUCUGCUUCUCUCCCGGCUGGGAACCUCACGCAGCUAAAUCGGCCCGACUCAAACACUACCUCUUCUCAUUUCUCCUCAGCGCCAGUGUCACAGCUUCUUAGCCAACAAGAUGCUGUUCCGCGGACGACGGCGGCGUACCCGACACCCUCGGCCCCUUUGACGGCUUUUCCUACCGCCUCGGAAGACCCAAAGCCUGAUCAACCAGCAAAUGGCUGGACCGGCCAUGCCACGGACGUUGGAAAUGGAUCAAGUGUCGAACUGCCUCAAUCCCAGCCUCCGCCUAGUCACGGGUAG